AAAGUGCCCCAGUUUAUUACGGAGAGAGGGAAGAUUCAAUGGCUGCUGUAUAUUGCAGAGCAUGCAAACAAAGUGCAGUAUUGAGAAACACAGAAGAAAGCCAAUAAAAUAAUCAAGCUUCUUACUGGGAAAUGCACAGAUUGUUGACUGGCCUGUAGUAUAUAGUAAUGACGGUUUCUGUAAGUUGUCUGGAUAUCACCGAGCUGACAUCAUGCAGAAGAGUAGCACUUGCAGCUUUAUGUACGGAGAGCUUACAGAUAAGAAGACCGUGGAGAAAGUCAGGCAGACGUUUGACAACUACGAAUCGAAUUGCUUUGAAGUCCUACUGUACAAGAAAAGCAGAACCCCGGUCUGGUUUUACAUGCAGAUUGCGCCAAUAAGAAACGAACACGACAAGGUUGUUUUAUUUCUUUGUACUUUCAAAGAUAUAACUUUAUUCAAACAACCGAUUGAAGAUGACUCGACAAGAGCUAACCUUGGACCAGCUCCGCUAAAAAACACACAAAGAUGGACAAAGUUUGCCCGGUUAACUCGCGCUUUGACAAACAGCCGAAGUGUCUUGCAGCAGCUGACUCCUAUGAACAAAGCAGAGGUGGUCCACAAACAUUCCAGAUUAGCGGAAGUUCUGCAGUUGGGAUCAGACAUCCUCCCUCAGUACAAACAAGAAGCACCAAAAACGCCGCCGCAUAUCAUAUUACACUACUGUGCGUUCAAGACCACCUGGGACUGGGUGAUUCUGAUUCUGACGUUCUACACAGCAAUCAUGGUUCCGUACAAUGUCUCCUUCAAGACGAAGCAGAACAACAUUGCCUGGCUGGUGUUGGACAGUGUGGUGGAUGUGAUUUUCCUCGUAGACAUAGUUUUAAACUUUCAUACGACUUUUGUUGGGCCAGGAGGAGAGGUCAUUUCAGAUCCCAAACUUAUAAGAAUGAACUACUUGAAGACGUGGUUUGUCAUAGACCUGCUGUCUUGUCUACCAUACGAUAUCAUUAAUGCCUUCGAAAAUGUGGAUGAGGGUAUCAGCAGCCUCUUCAGCUCUCUGAAGGUGGUGCGGCUCCUGAGAUUGGGUCGAGUAGCCAGGAAGUUGGACCAUUACUUGGAGUACGGUGCUGCAGUGCUGGUUCUCCUGGUCUGUGUGUUUGGACUUGUCGCCCAUUGGUUAGCCUGCAUCUGGUACAGCAUUGGAGACUAUGAGGUUAUUGAUGAAUUAACCAACACAAUCAAGAAGGACAGUUGGCUUUAUCAGUUAGGAUUAAGCAUUGGCACUCCGUACCGAUAUAAUGCCAGUGGCUCAGGGCAGUGGGAAGGUGGACCCAGUAAAGACUCUCUGUACAUAUCAUCCCUCUACUUUACCAUGACAAGCCUUACAACUAUUGGAUUUGGAAACAUCGCUCCAACGACCGAUGGAGAAAAGAUUUUUUCAGUUGCAAUGAUGAUGGUUGGCUCUCUCCUUUAUGCAACAAUUUUUGGAAACGUAACCACCAUUUUCCAGCAAAUGUAUGCCAACACCAACCGCUAUCACGAGGUGCUGAACAAUGUUCGCGACUUCCUCAAACUUUAUCAGGUCCCUAAAGGCCUUAGCGAGAGAGUCAUGGAUUACAUUGUAUCGACGUGGUCCAUGUCCAAGGGGAUUGAUACAGAAAAGGUACGGGUGCAUGAGGUUCUUGCAAUAUGUCCCAAGGACAUGAGAGCAGACAUCUGUGUGCACCUGAAUAGGAAAGUUUUUAAUGAGCAUCCUGCUUUCCGUCUAGCCAGUGAUGGCUGUCUGCGCGCUCUGGCGGUGGAGUUCCAAACUAUUCAUUGCGCUCCAGGUGACCUCAUCUACCAUGCCGGCGAGAGUGUGGAUGCUCUCUGCUUCGUAGUUUCAGGAUCACUGGAAGUCAUCCAGGAUGAGGAGGUGGUGGCUAUACUAGGAAAAGGGGAUGUGUUUGGUGAUGUGUUCUGGAAAGAGACCACUCUAGCUCAUGCUUGUGCCAAUGUCCGAGCGCUGACAUACUGCGAUUUACACAUCAUUAAACGAGAAGCUUUGCUAAAAGUCCUGGACUUCUACACAGCCUUUGCAAAUUCAUUCUCCAGGAACCUUACAUUAACCUGUAACCUGAGGAAACGGAUCGUGUUCCGAAAAAUCAGUGAUGUAAAGAAAGAAGAAGAGGAGCGACAGAGACAGAAGAAUGAAGUGACCCUUACUAUCCCAGUAGACCACCCUGUACGGAAGCUCUUUCAAAAAUUCAAACAGCAGAAAGAGUUGCGAAAUCAAGGCUCGGCACACAGUGACCUGGAACGGAACCAGCUCCAAGUGGAGAAGCGUUCAUUGCACAAUGGGGCAGUCAUUACUGGCACUAGCGUUGUAACCGUGUCCCAGAUAACGCCUAUUCAGACAUCUCUUUCUUAUGUUAGAACGAGCGAGUCUUUGAAACAGAACAACAGAGAUGCGAUAGAACUAAAGCCAAACGGCAGUGGUGACCCAAAAUGUCUUAAAGUUACCAGUCCCAUGCGGGUCAAGAAUGCUAAUGCAAAGGGUUGGCUGAAGCUGAAGAACAACAUCCAAGUCCACGAGGAGAAGAAGGAGGACUGGAACAAUGUUACAAAGGCAGAGUCCAUGGGCCUGCUUACAGAUGACCCCAAAUGUUUAGAUCCAGAAAGUGGAGUUUCUAAAAACCCCUUGAGGAAAACAGACUCUUGUGACAGUGGUAUUACAAAAAGUGACCUUCGUCUAGACAAAGCAGGAGAGACACGCAGUCCACUUGAACAUAGUCCAGUUCAAGCAGAUGCAAAGCACCCUUUCUACCCUAUUCCUGAACAAGCCUUACAGACCACGCUGCAAGAGGUGAAACAUGAACUCAAGGACGACAUCCAAUCACUAAGCUGUCGCAUGGCGGCUCUUGAGCAGCAGGUGUCAGAAAUCCUAAAACUACUGUCUGAAAAUAAAGCCCCACCAACUCCCCCUAAAACUCCUUCCAGCCCCCUCCAAAUACCAUGUCAGGAUAUUUUUAGUGUUUCAAGGCCAGUGACACCGGAGUCUGAAAAGGAUGAGAUUCAUGUAUAGCAUAUACUGUACAUGUGUGUGAGUGGGUGUAUGAAUGCAUAUAUAUGUAUAUAUGCAGUCAUAUUUAAUCUUAAUGUCUUCUGUGCACUGUUCCCUCUAAGCUGAGCCAUUGGGAAGAAGAGUCUAAAACUUGUUAGGAAAUGUCAUGGUGCAGGGUUGUACUGAACAGCAUAUUUUCAAACCAAAUUUUGGGGUCAAUCUCUCAUUAGACUAGAGAGACCUACACACCGGGCGAUUUGAAUGAUGGACGAUAUGAACAAUGAACAAUUUUUCAGUAACAAUUUUUAGCAUACACACUGAAUGAUUUGUAUGAACGAUUUGACAUUGCAAACAUCAAUAUCGUCCAAAUUGGCUUCCAUGAAUAAAAGGUGAUAGACCAUAGAUGAACGACUGUGGGGACGCGCAUCGUUCAUCGUUGAUGACUACACACUGAACGAUAUUAACGGUAUAUUGUUCGUUUUUCAACUAUAUCGCCUAUAUCGCUAUAAAUUAUCUAUAGGUGUGUAGGGCCCUUCAAAUUUUAACUCUGAUUUCCCAAGCUCCCUGCUUGGAGGGAACAUGGCUGCAGUGUCACUUGAAUAUAAUAUUUUAUCAAUUUUUGAUGUGUAAUUAUUGCAUGUCCAGCUGGAUUCUGGCCUGCCAAAGAAAUGAUCCUUAAUAUAGAUAUUGCUUGUAAAAUAUGCAGUUGACUGCAUGCGUUCUUUACAUUAAUUUAUAAUCUUCAGUACACAAAUUAUUUGUAUAUUAAGAGGCAUACUGUUAUAUUUAAAUAUCAGGGUCCAACCUGCCAAUAUUGCGAGGAGAAAAAAAAAGCUUCCAUCUUUAAUGUGUUUAAAUAAUUCAUAGAGCAAAAUAAUGUUUCGUAAUCCAACACAUAACAACAACAACCAAAAAAUAUCAAUGGAGUAUAUGGAAAAUUCAGGUUAAAGAUGACUCAGAGAAUAGGAAUAAGUGUUUUAGCACUUCUACUGUUUAAAGUGAGGUUAUUUCCAUAGUGCACACUUGUUUGCUGUAAAUUCAUAGACAUGGCUCUCUUGGACAGCCUACAUAUGAUGCGUUCAUGAGGAGGUUAUCUGCAGUCUAAAACUAUGCAUAAACGGAUAUUGCUCUCUAUACCACCUGCAGGCUAGUAUAAGUACUAUAUCUGACCACUAAAAGUCAAAGAAUAAUAUUAAAAAAUUUUUAUAAUCAAAACAUAGUUUAAUAUAUAUAUAUAAUCAUAUAUCUUCAUAUAUGCUGUAGCAGUCACUUACUAUUGAGGUCUAUGAAAUGAGUCAAUAAAUAUACAAUUUAAAUAAAUAUAAUAAAAGCUAUGCAUUUUUUGAAAAUUAAGUUAAUAGCGAAAUUCACUACACUUUAAUUAUAUGCUACACCUGAAAACAAUAUAUAUAUAUAUAUUUUUAUAGAUCUCCUCCAGGUAUGUUACCUGUUGAUUUCAUAUGUGUAUAGCUGCAUGGAAAUGCAACUGGAUCGCUCUCAGAAUUAAGAACUGUUUCAGAUAAACUGAGUUACAGUUACGUACGGACCGACAUAUCCACAGAAUGUAAAGUUCCUCCUGUUAUGGCGUGUUCUAAAUACAUUUUGUCCAGUAGCAGGGCCAUCUUAAUGUAAAAGGAAAACUGGGCAGCUGCCUGGGGCUCCGUCAAGCAGGGUCAGGCUGGGCCAGGGAGCAUUUGGACCAACUGUGCGCUACAAUAAAUUUUACUUACUUUUUGAUCUGUCCUUAAUCUGUAGGCCAGUAUUUCCCAACCCUGGUCCUCAGGGCACAUUAACAGUCUAGGUUUUCAGGAUGACCAUGCUUGAGCACAGAUGGUUAAAUCAAAAUAUCUGAUGCACUAAUUAAGUCACCUGUGCUCAAGUAUGGCCAUCUUUAAAACCCAGACCGUUAGCGCACCUUGAGAACAGAGGCUGUGAAACACUGCUCUAAGCCUUAUAAAGACUUCUUAUAGAGGAGUAUAAAAAAAAGUGCAUUUAUUUAUGGACAAAUUCUAUUCAAAUGAGAUGAUGAGGAUUGUAGUUGCCAUGAGUCUGCAGAGACGGUAUCUCAUGUGACGCAUCACAUAAGCAGCCUAGAACGCCACGAUGGAUGAAUAUGAAAUAUUGGCAACGCCAUACACGUCAUGUACUACAGAGCUUUAUGUAACAGUGACAUAUUGAUAUUAUCAGUGACAAGGUGUCUGUUUUUAUAAAUUGAAUAAUGUGUUUAUAACAAGGAAGAAGAAACUCUGCCACAACAAUUUAUAAGCACUAUAUAUAUAUAUAUAUAUAUAUAUAUAUAUAUAGAUAUAUAUAGAUAGAUAGAUAAAACUUGUAAAUUAGUAUUUAAAAAUGCAGACCAUUUCCUAAUAUCUAACCUGAAGUAUAAUUUUGUAACCAAUAUUAAGUGUACAGUUUAUCAAGUUCUUCCAAGUAUGCAAGUGGCGAAUCCUAUUUACAUGUGAAUGGUGGUUGUAAAGAAUAUAAAAAGUUAAUGCUUCUAUUUUUCUUAAUUUAUAAAAAGUGUAGUAAGCUGAAUAACCUCGCUAACAAUAUUCUGAUAGAAACCCCCCACCCAUCUAAGGAGCUUUUCAAAUAACGCUUGAAAAGCAAAGAAAAUCUCAGCAUCCAUGAUAUUCGUGGAUCUGUUGAAACCCCACCCACUAGCUGCACCCACAUUUCAUGGCCACUUCUUGCUCAACUAUGCCCCUUUCUCUGUCCAAAAAGCAGUACAACCAAAAUUAGACCUAGCUAUGGGUACGGGAAGUGGUUACGUGGCCGGCGCACAGGAUCCCGGCGGUGAGCAUAACGACGCCGGGAUCCCGAACACUCACAAUGCUGCCAGCCACACUACCGGCUAACAGGGGCUAUUCCCACUCGUGGGUGUCCACAACACCCAUAGAGUGGGAAAAGAACCUGUGGCGAGCGCAGCGAGUGUCUUCAUUCCGCUCACCAUUCUGGCGGCCGGGAUCCUGGCAUUGGUAUGCUGACCACUUAACCCCAACCCAUGGGUACAACCUAUACCAGUUUAAGAUAACUGUAAUAGGCAUCCAGCAAAAAUCCCUAUACAGAUGGGUCCACGUUUAUCUUGACCUUUAUUAGGAUUAACUGAGACUGGCCAAUCGGACUUAAUCCCGUGCUGUAAUGACUUCAUCCCCUGCUGUAUUGUUCUCUGUAUAGAUGAAUGGUUUAUGCUAAUAAGUCAUGUUGUGCCUAGGCGCAGAAAACUAGUCAAGAUAACUGUGAACCCAUCUGUACCUAGCAAUAAUACCCUCUUUGAUCAUUGACCCUGAACUGGGAGUGUGAAUUGCUAUUCGUGUUGGCAUUUUGAGACUCUCCUCUCUAUGUAAUGCCAGCCAGUUCAUAUUGCUGGUGCGAGUAAAGACACAUACUCCCUGACACUAGCCAUGAUGUAAUGAUGGGCCGGCGGAGUGCUUGCAUAAUGAUUUGAUAACCUAGUAUUGCUGAAAGUUUAUGACAAUCGGGUAUUUGAUAUUUAUGAUACCAGUGGGUACUUGUAAAUUGCAAUGUAAAAAACAAAAACAAAAAAACUGAGUGUGUUCUAUUAAAGUACUUACUCAUAAGAUUAUGUGAACUACUAUAUUGAAUGCAGGAAAAUAAUAGUUUGCUUUUAAUCAUUGUAUCCCCUGUACAUUAUAUUAAGUGGCUCUUUGUUAUAUUCCAAGGCCACAUCUACAGCAGUGACAUUAUGCACUUCUGAUUGGUUAAAAUGUCACAAGACAUCACUCAAUGCAGCUCAUUAAACUCAGAAGCAUGAUCACCACCAUGUACUGAUUAGUGAACAUAGAUGAUCAGGUGUCCUCUUUAUCCAUAUGUAUUGGUAAUCCUGAACUAUCCCAAAUAGUGUGUUUAUAUUUAUCAACAUUUGUUUACCUAAGCACUUUCCUCCAUGUUGGCGUCCGCUAUAGUGAAUUCACCAAGCACAGCACAUUUCAAAAUUGAAAGCUAAACCAAAUUUCUAGUGUUCCAAACCAAACUGAUCAGGUGCAUUAACCAAUGAUCAGCUCCAAAGCAUCAUACGUAAUAAGCUCCAGCUCUAACCAAGCGGCCUCUAUAGGUGUCUCCAGCACUGAGAGCCAAAGUCAUUGGGGGUAAUUCAGAGUUGAUCGCAGCAGCAAAUUUCUUAGCAGUUGGGCAAAACCAUGGGGGAACCAAAAAAAAAAAAAAAAAAGAAAUACGACCUAUUUUGCGCUAGUCUACACAAUGGAUGGUAUUCUAAAUAUAAACAACAAUAAAUGGUAUUAUAAGUCCAUAGAUAGUCCAAUGAAUUUGUUUGUUCACAGUCCAAUGUUCAUAUACAAAGAUGCUUUUAUCAUCAAAUGUUUUUCUGGAUCGACAGCAGAAUUCCAAAGGUACGCACCGUACUCACAUAAGGGGUGUGUGUGUCUAUUGCUCAUUAAAGGUAUCAUUUCCAUGGGAUUCUCAUACGGACUGGAAGUCAUCGGGUAGAUCUUCCUAUGUUUUCUCUCUCUCGUGGAAUGUGAAAGACAUGAGAAGAAAAAAAGGACCAAUAGUGUAGUACUUUCCCAAUAAUGAUGGUAAAUUGUGCGAAAGGGUAGAGUGUGAUCUUUAUCCUCUACUCAGUAAUUCUUAACGUACCAAACUUACGUGGGUACGUAUAUCAAUUCUCUUAUAAAGGUAUCUUUAGGGAAUAGAGCCAAAAUAUUAUCAGAUGGUAGGGCGUACCCCAACUCACGUUUGGACGAAGGACAAUAUGCCCGUAAUGGUUUCUUUCAGACCCCUUCUUUCAGUGCCAACUUCCGUGGUCCAUAUUAAGGUUUCUCUUAUAUUGAUACCAGAUGGUGGAAGAAACGUAAAGGAGGACUGAUCAGGAGUAGUUAGAACAAAGAAAUGUAUUCAAUAAAACUCAAUAGAUUAAAAAAACCUUAUAAAUGGAGGGAAAACCACUCAAUUGAGGAAAAAGAUAUAUUAAGUACACAGGACCUGGAGUGUGGUGAAGUCUGGCCUGCCAUGCUCCUAGGGCUGAGAUCCUCAAUGGUGGAAAUCCCCCCCGCCCCCGAAUAAAACCAACGCGUUUCAACUUGUUGUCUUUGUCAAGGUAUGUCUGGUGUUCUACAGUCACUGAUAUGUAAACUCUCCAGUUUAAGUCCACCCUUGUGUGGGGGGUAAUUAAUUGGGCCGUGGUGAAAAAUGGCUUAAAACUAAGCUCAGGAGACUGUUUUGAGACAUCCCCUAAAUCACUAUAAGCCGGACAUUAAAUACUGUAAUUAGGAAUCUUUCAUAUGUGGCUAAAAACAUUAAAAGAAGCUCUAAUUGUCGUUUGCUUUACAACACCCUUGGAACGCAAAUGACAUCCGGUGGACAUCCGGUUACACCGUCUUCCGGUGCCUGAAGUCAUAGACUCUGAGGAUGAUGCACCUCUGUGUGUCCCGCGCAUCAUCCCCAUUCAGCGCUGACACGCACAACAGCGCUUGUGUUCCAGGAGGCGGAAGUGGCGGUAUAAUGCAAUCCCGAAGGGAGGAUGAGAGGAGGGACUAUAAUAUUGACAGGCCUGUUAACACUUACAUUAGGGUGCCAGAACAUGAUCAUAAAAUCCAAACCCCAAAGAGGGGGGGGGGGAGAAUAACUCAAUAUACAUAAAAUCACAUAAUAUGAAAUUAUUUAAAGCAUAAAUAAACAUAAGAUGGUAUUAUACAAUGGGUAACCUUUUCAAGAGGGUGGAUGUUAUCAUAAGUUAAAUACUCAAAAUUCCGGAAUUCCUCAUAAUAGGGGAUACUGGGGUCUAAGAGAUCUUCAUAUCGGGGAUACUGGGAUAUAAGCAAACACAAGGGAAACUGAGAAGUAUUUUAUGUCAGAAGUUUUUUUAUGUCAAAAGACAGGCUCACCCUAUAUUAAAUGAGGGCAUACACAUAUGUACUAUAUAGUGAAACAUUUAAGUUAUACGGGAUAGAAAAAUAUCCUGUAUUUGUUAAAUGUCCCUAAAGUGUCGGAAUAUGAUUUUAAUAUUAAAAAGGGAAUGUUUACUACAGCCAUUCCAUCUAGGCUGUAACUCAUGGUUGUAUAAAAAUGAAGACAUAACUGAACACAGGAGAUAAACCAAUCUUCUUAUAAAAACCAUUUUGGUUUCAAAAUCAAGGUUCAGUCCUUUUGGGUCUAGUGUUCCAAGGUUAAAGAUGGUUUGCAUCUCCUUACGGGCCAACCUCUCUUCUGAAUCAUUUUUCCUUCAAUUAUUGUGGAUUAGAUGAAUGCCGCAAAAAGACACCAAACCAGACAAGUUACACUCAUGUUCUUUUUGAAAAUGGGCUGAUACUCCAUGUGUCAUGAGCCCGUUUUAUAUUUCUCACUUGUUUGUUCAUUCUUUCUUUUCAUUUUCGUGUGGUCCUGCCCACAUAUUGUUUAUUACACGCACAUUGUAACAGAUAGACCACAUUCUUGCUGUCACAAGUUAUGAAGUCCCUAAUUGGGAACUCCUUUUGAUUAUAGGUGGAUGUGUACUUGGUUAUGGCGGAGUUUGAUCCUUUGCAAUUUCUACACAUUUGGCACGAGCCACAUCUGUAGAAUCCUUUUGAUUUAAUGGCGUUCUUUCAACACCCAUUUGUAACACGCUGUUUACUACCUGUCUCCGUAUAUAUUGUCCGCUUUUCGGUAUACAAAUCUUGGUCUUUCUGUGAUAUAUUCCUUCAGGAUGGGGUCUUUUCAUAACACAUACCAAUUUUUUUUACAGUUUGUUCCAGAUCUUUAUAUUGGCUAUUGUAUUUGGUAAUGAAUGUUAUUCCUGAUUUUUCUUUAAACUGUCUUUCAUCUUUAUUCUUUGAAGAGUCUACCAAUCUUACGGGUGCCAGCAUAUCUUGCCUGUUUCUCAUUACCAUAUUUUUCAUAUGAUGUUUCCACCUUAUUCUCAUGAUAGCCCUUAUUAAGGAACUGUUCUUUAAGUGUCAAUCCUUGUGUUCGGUAAUCAUCUAUCCUUGAGCAGUUUUUUCUAAUUCUGUGCAAUUGACUCCUGGGUACCGAUGCCAACCAAUUGGGGUGGUGAUUGCUGGUGAAGGGAAUGAAGGAAUUACAAUCUAUAGACUUCACGUAUGUUUUGGUCCCUAUCUUAUCGGAUUCUAUAAAGAUGGUUAAAUCCCAAAAAUGUACUUUUUCUUGGCUACUGUCAUUCUUGUUAAGGUAUUCGCAGAACGUCUCCAGUGAAGUAGGAUCUCCCCUCCAGAUGAAUAAAACAUUGUCGAUGUAUCUGACCCAUAGCAACAGGUUUGCCCCCAGCUCAUG